GCUGCGAUCACGGAAUUCGAAAAGAGGAUAACCAAUCAUAAGAAUCUGAGGGCAUGAUCUUUUCUGUAAGCGAGACAUGGCGGCUAAUGGCAAAGACCAUCCCUUUGAAAUUGUUUCCAAAGUUUGGCCCAUCAAAACUGCAAAAUGUGAACACAGAAAGGUGGAAGUUUUUAAUCGAGCAGAUCCAGAGCAACUGAAGGAAAUAUUUUUGAAAUAUGCCAGUGUUGUGGAGGAUGGAGAACAUUAUAUGACCUAUAGAGAUCUUAUUCAGAAGUACUUAAACUUUCUGGGCGAGAAUUGCGAUGAGUUCACCCUCAAAUUAUUUGCUUCCAGCGUAGACACUUCUAGAGAUGGGAAGAUUUCGUUUACAGAGUUUUCCAGGCUUUUGAGGCUGUACUGUGCCUGCCUGAUGCCAUGUAUGCUGGCCUUCCAGGUGUUUGACAGAAAUGGAAAUGGGUAUCUCUCCUGCGAGAUAAUUGAUUUUCAUGAGGAACACGCUUUACAAGCUUUUCGGAGGCGAGAUAAAGGAGACACAGGCUACAUCAAUGCUAAGGACUUUGAGGAAAUCAUGUGCAAAUUAAAAAUUACCCUUGACCCCAUUUGUAAAGAAAACCUGGUCACA